AUGGCGAGCAAAGGUUAAUCUAGCCAUCGCGGUGGCAAAUAUUGUGUCGCUGGCAGACCAAAUAACGUAAGCUGUACGAAUAGCCAACACACAAAAGAAAUUUCAAUCCAUCAUUUCCCAAACGCGGCUAAAGAGCGUAAAAGACAUGCCAAAUGGGUUAAAUUUGUUCGAAAACAUCGACCAGGAUGGAUUCCUUUGGAGACGUCAAUAUUAUGCGGCAGCCAUUUCGAAGAUUUGUGUUUCGAACAAAAUAGAAUUAUUGCAGCUUCACUGGGUAUAAAGACAAGGUUAAAUCGUGAUGCAAUACCAACACUUGACAACGCAAACGAAGUCAUGCAGAUCGAGAAAUCACUUUCAAAUAGGAAACGUAGAAAUUUAAAUAUAUAAACUGAAUAUAUUAAUAAAUUUAUAUAUGUUUGAUACUCUGGUGUACAAUAAACUGUAAACAUGUUUGAGAUUGCUGUUUUCAUGAAUUGUGUUGUUUGUUCUAGACUAUACGUGAUAUCACUCUUCAAUAGGGGAACAAAGUACACUAGAGGAGAGUACGUCUUCAAAAGUGACCAAAAUCGAGCACAUCGCAUAUUCGUCAAAUAUACAUGUACCUGAAAACACGCAGGAGCCAUUUUUGCCAAAUGAGCCUGAAUGCCAUAGUUGUACAAAAUUAAAGGCGAAAGUUGUUAAGCUGCAGAAGAAAGUAAAAGCUACCUGACGAAGAGACGACAAGAACUAAUCUCCAGAACUGAAAAGGUUAGAAACACUUUUGUUUUGUUUUGUUUACAUUUAGAAACACCCCUUGCUUUGUUUACAUUUAAUUUGCUGCAUAUGUUUCUGGCAGGUAAAUUUUCGAUUUAUAUACAGUACAAUAAAAUAGAUUAUGUUCUGCAUUGUUUAAUCUACAGCACAGAACAAUUAAUAACAAAACUCUAUUAAGAGAUUAUACCUAGGAGUUGUGGCAGGUUAUGAUUAUUAUAGAACAAUCAAAUUUAACAACACAUGCAUGGCAAAUCCAGAAAGUGCUUAUUUUAUAGGUAUUAGUAGCCAAAUUGUUUGUAACAUUUUAAAUGUUUGUUAUUUUCAGAAUGUUGAAAAUGAUGAAGACGAAACUGAUGUUUCAGACUCUGAAGUUUGUAGUGAUACAAGGACAACUGAUACUCUUGAUUCCUUGGAAGAAACCGAUGUUUCAGAUUAUGAUGAUGUUGACUGGGAGAUCAACUUGGAAGAUGAUGUUGAUUCUUCAGCAAGUGAUGACGAGAACACAACACUGUGCCUAAGUAUCUUGUGA